UGUGUUAUGAUAAGAUUUUUUAAGAAAUAAAUUUGCAUUCAUGUCAACAUCACUACAUAGUCUGUAAUGAUUUUCAGGUCUGAUAACAUUUUAUAUUCAGAGGGUUGUCAUAAGAAGACGACAGAGAGAACAAAUUGAAAUGGCUCCUGUUAACCAACAGGAUGUCAAGUUUCCCAAAAUUAUUUUUGUUGCACCAGCUCUUUGUGACAUGUUAGCCACAUCUACCAUGUACCUCGGCUUGACCCUCACAUAUGCAAGCUCCUUCCAAAUGUUGCGAGGUGCUGUCAUUAUCUUUACUGGCCUCCUCUCUGUGGCUUUCCUGGGACGCAAGUUGAGGUAUUUCCAAUGGCUUGGAAUCCUAGCUGUUAUCACUGGCCUAGUUGUUGUAGGCAUCUCUGACUUUAUAAGUGGUGAUACAGAGGGUGAAUAUACUCUGAAUGGUAUCAUUACAGGUGAUCUUCUCAUCAUUGCUGCGCAGGUUGUCACAGCAACACAGAUGGUAGUUGAAGAAAAGUUUGUGACUGGCUAUAGAGUGCCUGCUCUCCAAGCUGUAGGCUGGGAAGGCAUUUUUGGCUUCUGUACCCUUAGCGUCUUGCUGGUCGGAUUCUACUGGAUUCCAGCUGGCAUAUUCAGUGGCAAUCCAAGGCAUGUUCUGGAAGAUGUUCCUGAUGCCUUUGUUCAGCUUGGCAACAAUCCUAUGCUCAUUGUUGCUAUCUUAGGUAACAUUAUCAGUAUUGCAUUCUUCAAUUUUGCUGGAAUCAGUGUGACAAAGGAACUCUCAGCAACAACCCGCAUGGUGCUGGACUCUGUGCGAACUCUCGUCAUCUGGGUUGUCUCCCUGGCUUUGCAAUGGCAACAAUUUCAGUACCUUCAGCCCAUUGGAUUUGGAGUCCUUCUUAUUGGCAUGAUGUUCUACAAUGACAUGUUCAUUUUGCCAUUCUGCCGUAGGCGGGGAUGGGUCAAUGAUGCCCUUCCUGAGGACACUGAGCCUGUCCUUGCAGGCAAUUCCUCUGGCCAGUCGAAUGAAUCCCCACAUUCAAAGGAGGGUAUUGAUAAUCCUGAUGCUACAGUUGAACCUUUAUAAAGAUUUUGCAGCUAUUCCUCUGUCCAGGCAGGCCUGGAAUCUAUUCAUAUAUAUUGAUCAAAGAUCCUGUUUUUGUAGAUUAUGCCUGCAGUUCUGUUGGCGGGCCAUUAUUUAAUUGAAACGAAAAAAACUUUGGAAAACAAAAAAGGAUUUUUAUCCCAGUAUGAAACUUUCUUGUGUUCUUAUUGCUUGUUAGUUCCAGUUUUAAUUAGUACUUUUUUUUUUUUAAUAAGAUUUACAUUUGAAAAUUACUCCACAACAGAGAAAAAAGUCAGAGUGUAUGGCUCAGGGAAAAGGCAUUUUAAUUUCAUAGAAAAAAUUGCAACAUUUAAUAAAUGCUCUCUUUAAUGCUGUCACACCAUGAGGUUACAGAUCAAUGGCUUUGCAUAAUAUCUGGAUAUAAUCUGGAGAUAAUUGAGGUGGAAUAUGCAUUACUUUGUUGAAGAAGAACAAGAAGUCAAGUUAAUAUUACGUGUGUCUGUUAUGCUUCUUUUUUUAUGAGUUCCUGAACAAAUGAAAAGUUGUGUGCUGAAUUUUAUGUUCAAGCCACAGUGUAUGUAUUAUGUAAAAAUGUAUGUGUGUACAUCAGUUGGAAAUAUUCAGAUUGUUUGACAUAUUCUUAUUAAUGUAGAUUUUGGUUGUGUCUUAGAUGAAUACAUAUGUCUAUAUUAGUCAUUGUCAGAGGAGUUAGAUUUAGUCUUCUGUAUUUUUUUAGAGUAUAUUGUUGAUAAAAUCCUAAAGUUGGAUAUAAAGUGCUUGUGUAAAUUCUUUCAUUUGAAUUUAAAGUAUUAUAUUUUAUCAUAUCAAGAUACUCGACUGCCCUAAUAUUUAGAAGUAUUUAUUUUUUUCAAAUCAUGAUUUUUUUUUUUCCAUAAUUUAUUUUGAUAGAUUAUAUAGUAAAUAACACAUUUUGUACUUGUAAAAAUUCCUUUUCCAUAAGGCUGUCUGUGUUGUGUUCUUGUGUAUCAUAGCAGUUAACUUGCUUAUUCACAGAAUAAUGAAAAAAAAUAAUUGAUUGAAGAUAAAAUCAUUAUUAAUAUUUCUUACUAAAGUUAAUAAAAAUCUUUUUAUCUUUCUGACAAAAUGUGUAAUUCAAGUAAAUAUAUCGUAGUAUGAGAUAUUUUUAUCAUCUCCAUGACCAGAUUGAGAAGCAUUUCCUAAGAAACAUUAAUAAAAUUCUGUGUAGAGUUUUAUAUGGAAUCUGAGAGAAGUUCUAAGAUAUUUAGUUUACUUGUAUUAAUUUGCUGGACUUAAUUAGGAUUUGAGUUGCUGACUGAGGAAUAGACAAUUUAAAUACAGUCAGCCAUGGUGAUACGUUUUAUGAAUUUAUUGAUUUAUAAGUUUUACACAAAUUUAAGGUCUCUCAGGUUUUAUAGUAUUUUGUAAAUGUAGUACUCAUAAACUCUGAAAAUAGAUAAUUUAUUAUAUAAAAAAGAUUCUCUAAAUAAAAUGAAAGUCUUAAAAUGUA